CCCAAUUUCCAUCCAAACCCCAUUUUACCUAAAUUAACAAACCAACACACACACACACCCACCAUCAUGGAAUUCAUUACCAUCUGUUUUUCCUUUUCUAUUCUUCUUAUUUCAACUAUCUUUUACUUCACUUCUUCCAUCCAUGGUGGCCGGAAAAACCUCCCCUUGCCUCCGGGUACACUUGGUUGGCCGUACAUCGGUGAAACCUUUCAACUUUACUCUCAAAACCCAAAUGUCUUUUUCGCUUCCAAAGUAAAAAAGUAUGGUUCGAUCUUUAAAACCCAUAUAUUGGGUUGUAAGUGUGUGAUGAUUUCUAGCCCAGCUGCUGCUAAACUUGUUCUUGUUACAAAAUCACACCUAUUUAAGCCCACAUUUCCAGCUAGUAAAGAAAGAAUGUUGGGUAAACAAGCAAUUUUCUUUCAUCAAGGUGAUUAUCAUUUGAAGUUAAGACGUCUUGUUCUUCGGGCAUUCACCCCUGAAUCCAUCAAAACAAUGAUCCCAGAUAUCGAAUCAAUCGCCGUUGAUUCUCUGGGAUCAUGGGAAGACAGGCUCAUCAAUACUUUCCAAGAAAUGAAAACAUUCGCAUUCAAUGUUGCAUUGCUUUCUAUAUUUGGAAAAGAUGAGGUGUUAUAUAGAGAAGAUCUCAAGAGAUGUUAUUACAUUCUUGAAAAGGGAUACAAUUCGAUGCCAAUUAAUCUUCCGGGGACACUAUUUAACAAGUCAAUGAAGGCCCGAAAGGAAUUAGCCCAGAUCUUGGCCAAGAUUCUUGCUUUAAGAAGGGAAAACAAUAACCAAGAAACACAAAAUGAUUUAUUGGGUUCAUUUAUGGAAGAAAAAGAAGGACUUUCUGACGAACAAAUCGCGGAUAAUAUAAUUGGAGUCAUUUUUGCAGCCCGCGACACGACAGCUAGUGUCAUGACAUGGGUCAUCAAAUAUUUGGCUGAAAAUCCGUCAGUUCUUGAAGCUGUUACGGAAGAGCAAGAGGGGAUAAUGAAAGGGAAAGAUGACAAGAGUAGUUUGACUUGGGUAGAUACUAGGAACAUGCCAAUAACUUCAAGAGUCAUUCAAGAAACCAUGAGAGUUGCUUCAAUCUUGUCUUUUACCUUUAGAGAAGCUGUUGAAGAUGUUGAAUUCGAAGGAUACUUCAUUCCAAAAGGAUGGAAGGUAUUGCCACUCUUUAGAAACAUCCACCAUAGUCCUGAAAAUUUUAUCAAGCCAGAGGUGUUUGACCCGUCUAGAUUCGAGGUGGCACCAAAACCCAAUACAUUUAUGCCAUUUGGAAAUGGGAUCCACUCAUGCCCAGGGAAUGAGCUAGCCAAGCUGGAGAUAUUAGUGCUCAUACAUCAUUUGACUACAAAAUACAGGUGGUCAAUGGUAGGCCCACAAAAUGAAAUCCAUUAUGCCCCAUUUGCUCUUCCACAAAAUGGGCUGCCAAUAAAACUUUAUUCCAAGACACAGUCUUAAAAGGGAGGGUCAAUAUAAGACAUCUUACACGAUUCAAAGGGGUGAUCACUCCAAAGUCUUGAGACUGGAUGUUUAAACGUUUUCCGGCCAGGAUGUUGAUCGUGCUCCGAGUAGACGACAAAUUUGUCAACAAAAUGGAAAGGAUAAAAGAAUCAUCAUGAAGAGAAGGGAAUGAUGGCAAAAAUUGCAUAUAGGAAGACUCAACAGGACGCUAAAUUGUACAUAAAGAGUUUCCUUAACCAAACAAGAGUAGAAAUGAAAAAAGAUUCUUGGUGAUUUUUGUAAUAUUUAUUAGAGGGGACCGCAAUUAGUUGUAGCAGACAUAGGUCAUAAGUUUUCUAACAUAUUUAGGUAAAAAAAAAAACUACCAUAUAAGGAGAUGCUACUAACUUUCUUUUCAUUAUUUCAUGUAUCAAGUCCGCAAGGCAAAUAUUAAUAAAUUUUUAUUUACUGAUGAUUA